AUAACAUUGCAGUUUGUCAAAUGUAGCAUUGCGUGUAACUUGAUUUUUAUUACUUUUAGAUCGACAUCAGCAUGACUGGUCUGCAACAGAACGAGAUAAUAUAUAUUGCAGUCCUUAGCGUGCUCAUUGCUCUCAUUUUGGUUGGCAAUAUUUUAUUAUGCAUCGUUUUCUUCCUGUAUCAAAGACUACGCACAGUUACGAACUAUUUUAUCAUAUCCUUAGCGUGCAGCGAUAUAUUUGUUGCGUUGGUUCCCAUGCCGAUUUUCUUGUACUUUAUCAUAAAGAAAACCUGGCCACCAAUGAUACAAAGUGACACGUUUGCAUUGAUUGACGUGAUCACAUGUGUAUCAUCUAUUGGAAACUUAACUUUGAUAAGCAUUGACAGAUACUUUGCUGUUGUCGUUCCACUUAAACGUAAGGCGUAUAUGACAAGAAGGAAAUCUUUGUUUAUGAUUGGAUUUAUUUGGAUUUGGAGUGUGAGUGUUGCUUCAGCCAAUCAGUUACUUCCCUUUAAUGAAUAUACAUACGUUAUCAUGUUACUUGGUGUGCUCGCUCCCUUCAUUAUCAUGAUUUUUGCGUAUGUUGCAAUUUUUUACACAGUACAAAAAAGUCGAAAAGUGUCGAAAAGAUCAGUGGCAAGGGAAUGGAAGGUAGCUAAGACAAUUUUAAUUGCUAUCACUGUCUUCUUCCUGUGUUGGACACCGUUCUUAGUUGUGAAUCUCUACGUAGUAAUGACAAUGAAACCAGUUUCACAAGUUCUUGUCUACGGCGUAAAAUGGCUACAGUAUUUUAACAGUUCCUGUAAUCCAAUUAUUUAUGGAUUAUUUCAUGAUCAAUUCGCAACAGCGAUUAAAAGUUUUUUGAGGAAGUGCUUAGGAAAGCCGGAUACACCUUUUAAGAAGGGGAGCCAAUACCCGUCAAAACUUACAAUGAGCACUGGGGCGAAAUCUUUGCGUUUCGAUGGAAGCUCGAAAAACUCUGUUUCUUUAGGACGUAAAGAAUAUCAGGAUGAAAAUUUGAAACAUGAAAAAGUGUUAAAUCAAACCAACAAGCUAAACUCAAUCAAUGAAUGCCAGGAAGCAGUUGAAGAAGUUGCAAGUAAGAGAGAGCAAUUGGCGAAAGAAGUAACCCAAAACGAAAUGUUGAGGGACAUGCGAAAAUCAGAAGAUGGAGAAAUUGUGAUAAUCGUUGAGCAAUCAAAAGAAGAUACUCAUGAGACAAGUCACAGCAAAGUUAAAGACGAAAUGGCAAAGGAAAAUAAUGUGGAGACGAAUGAAAUUGCAAAUGGUGUAAAUUCAAAUUGUACAGGAAAGGUAUCCAGGCCUAACAUACAGUGCAAAUUAUAUCGUAAUUGCACUGCUCGGAGUGCAAAUAUUUCUUAA